AUGAAACUACGAAUACGGCCUUUAUUCAUCAUCCUACCUCUUUUCAUUCUCCAUUACUUCAUCAUAACUCGAAUCGCCAACUUCGCACAAAUAUUCUCUACUAAGCCGUAUGCCGGCAUUCCUUUGAGUCAGUCGGCUAUCAAAGACGCAUAUUAUAAUGGCACGGCGAAGGAUCAAAAGCCCGAGGCCGUGAUACCUCAAAGAAUUCACCAAAUAUACCAUGACUGGUCGGGAAAUGGAAUGCCGCAUUCAGCGCAGUGGGGGAGGCUGAGAGCAAGCUGUAUCGACCGGCAUCCGGGAUGGAUAUACAAGCUAUGGAGCGCAUCAGAAUCUAGGGAAUUUCUACUGAGAGAGUAUCCGUGGUUCUUACCCGUAUACGAUAGCUAUCGCUAUCCAGUACAGCGUGUCGAUGCAAUGAAAUAUUUUGUGUUAAGGCACUACGGCGGCAUAUACAUUGAUCUAGAUAACGGCUGUCUGGAAUCACUGGAACCACUUCGAUACUACCCUGUCUUCACAACGGACAACAACCAAGGCCCUCUGCUGAACAACAUUCUCGGAUCUAUGCCACAGCAUCCGUACUACCAACUCUUGACUGACAGCCUACCGUCAUUUAACUGGUUAUAUUGGCCAUUCCCAUACCUUACCAUUCAAUAUGCCUCUGGUGGAUGGUUUCAAACUGCAAUCUGGGAGAAAUACCACCGACAGAAUCACUACCAUAACACGGAUCAACCACAAGACGAAAAUGGGCCGCUUUAUCGCGUCAUUAUGGACAGUCGUCGCGGAGCCGAGCCAUGGGUAUUUUGGAACGAAGGCGCGGGGCAGACGUGGGAGAAUUGGGACAACUCGGUGUUUUUAUGGAUUGGCGAGCAUAUCUACACGGUUGUCCGGAUUGUGGCCGCUGUUAGCAUAGUAUUGGUGGCUCUCAUCGCUGCGCUGGUCUGGAAGUGUUGCCUUAGAGGGAGGAAAGAAGGGAUGAAGACUAAGGCUGGGCUGAAGACCGCUGUGUCAUUGAUAUCGCCACAAUUGACGCAGAGUGAAGAUAUCUUUGCUAAGAAACAUGAUGCCGUUUGA